AUGCCAGUUACAAAAAAACAAAAAGUCGGAGUAUCAUUCUCAUCAAAUACUAGAGAGCAUGACGAUAAUAAAGUUAACAAUAAAAAAUUAGAAAAUAAAUUACAAUUCGAAAAAACUACCACCACCACCACUACAGCCACUAGUACUAAAUUACAUCAAUGUUCAUUUUCAGGUUGGUUACCAAAAUCAAUUUCAUCCAUUUCAUAUAAUAAUGAAAAGAAUUUAGUUGCAGUUGGUCGUGAAGAUUCAUCAAUUGAUGUUUUUAUUAGAGAUGGUCAAGAAUUAGUUUUAUUAAAAACAUUAGGUGGAUCAAAAUUCGAUUUCCCAAUUAUUUCAACUGUAUGGUUAAAAUUAUCAAAUGAAAAAUUGGUUUUAUUAUCAAUAAUGGAAAAUAAAUUCGUUAUGUGGGAUAUAGAUAGUUAUACAAUUAUUCAAGAAUUAAAUACAAUUGGUACAGUAAAAGAUACAUCUUACAAUCACAAUUUAAAUUUAUUGGCAGUUUGCACAACAGAUUCAAUUGUUCGUAUUUAUAAUUUUGAUGGUGAAAAAAUCGAUUAUCAAUCAUCAUUCCCAACUAUCACAGAUUCAAAAUCAAAUGUCAUUGAAUGGGGUAUCGAUCAAAAGACAAUUAUUGUUGGUUGUACCAAUCAAUUAGUUUUAUUCAAAGUAGAUUCAUUAAGAUCAGUUUUAAAUGUUACUACAGAUAAUAUUAUUUCAUUAAAACCAUUAAGCGAUAAUACAGUUGUAUGUGGUUUUAUAAAUGGUUUUGUUUCAAUUUUUGAUAUUGGUUUUGGUAGUAUUAUUCAAGAUUUUAGAAAUCUUCAUGCACCAGUUAGAGCAAUUCAAGUUUCUAAAAAUUUCCAACAAUUCUAUGCCUCAGGUGAUGAAUCUAUUGUUGUUUCAUAUAAUAAAUCUGGUGAUAAAUGGGCACCAAGCGGUCAACAUAGAAGAGAUAGCCAUGAUAUCAAAUGUUUAGAAAUUACAGAUAAAUAUUUAAUUUCUGGUGGUAAUAGCACUCAAAUUAUAUUUUAUGAUUUACAAAACUUUACCAGUUUAAAAAAUAAUAAUAACUAUCAACGUUUCAAAUCAUAUCCAUCAAGCAACACUAUUUCAAUUACCAAUAAUAAAACUUUACCAAUCCUUUUAGUUGAAGCUUCAAGACACCAAAUUAAUCUUUGGUCAUUAGGCGAUUCAAAAGAACAACAAGAUUCAUUAGAUUUACCAAAUGGCACUCCAUUAGCAAUUACUGAUAAAACUAAAAAAUUAUUACAAUUGGAAUCAAAGGUAAAAUAUUAA